AUGAGCAACGCGAUAAUUGCGUUGGGCUCAUCGGCAGCCCUGCUGUUCACCAGCAUCGCUCUCUAUACAAUGGCUGGACUCGUGAAUGAAAUCGACGAAAUGAAAAAUGAUUUUGAUAGCGAAAUGAUCGAUUUCAAGUUCAUUUCUAAAAGCACUUGGAAUCGGAUUGUUGAGAAACAUACAAAUCCAACGGGUGUUACUGAAGCUCCAGUCACUUUCGAGACAUUGAUCGGCGCCCGAUUCGCUCGUCAAGCAUUCCCGGAACAGUGCAACUGCGGACCACGAAGCGAAGGAUGUCCACCGGGACCACCAGGUGCACCAGGACAGCCGGGAGCUAAGGGAGCUCCAGGACUAGAUGGAGACGAUGGAAAGCCGGGAGCUCCAGGUGUCGUCGUCGCCAUCACUCAUGACAUCCCAGGAGGAUGCAUCAAGUGUCCACCAGGUCGUCCAGGUCCACGCGGACCGAACGGACUUCCAGGACCAGCUGGACCACCAGGAAACAAUGGAAGACGCGGCCCACCUGGUCCGCCAGGAGGUCCAGGAACUCCAGGAGAGGAAGGAAAUCAAGGAAACCCGGGAAUCAGAGGACGUCCAGGACCACCCGGACCACGCGGACAACCAGGAGUCACUUAUAAUCCAGGACAGCCAGGUCGCAUUGGACCGCCGGGACCAAGAGGACCACCGGGACCAGAAGGCAAACCAGGAGAGCCAGGACUCGACGGAGUUCAAGGACCCGUUGGACAUCCAGGAAUUCCCGGACGUCUAGGAACACCAGGAAAGUCUGGCGACUGCGGAGAGCACGGAGCUGACGGAGAGCCAGGACCAGAUGCCGGCUAUUGUCCAUGCCCAAGGCGCGCUUUUGUCUAA